UCUUAAUAAAAUCUUGACAACGUUUUUUUUUUGUUGCAAAUUUUUGCAAGUAAAAAAUAGAACAGGGCCUAUGGUUUGACUCGCAUCCUAGCUUAGUUACAUUUUUGAUAAUUCUGACGUACUCACUUAUGUCGUUUUUUUUCUAUCCGUAUUGAUAAGAUACAAAAGGAAAUUGUAAAAAAAUUAGGUACUCGUCUAUUCUAUAUAAAACUGAUAGCAAAAUUCGAUUACUUUUAGUUUUCAAAAUGAAAUUUUUCGCAGUUUUAUGUUUGGCAAUCCAAGCAAUUGCUUUGGUGUCUGCGCAAGCCCAAGGGUGUGAUGAGAAUACCUGCAAAAUCGAAUCGAACUGUAGAUGCUCUAAUGGAGCAUCGCCUUUGGAUGGAGAUUUAAGUGAAUGGCCACAACUUGUCAGUUUGACAUUCGAUGACGCUAUCACCGAAAGAGUAUACAACGAUUACUUGGAACCUCUUUUAUUUUCAAGAACCAAUCCCGAUAAUAAUCCUAUAGGAGCCACUUUCUUCGUACCACACGAGUACACCGACUACCAACGAGUCAAUGAUUUAUACUCUAUCGGUUUCGAAAUUGGUGUCCACUCCAUUACUAAAGAACCUCAUCAAAAAUACUGGAGAGAAGCUACAGAAGAAACUCUAAUUAAAGAAUUCAAAGGUCAAAAACAAAUCAUAAAAAAUUUCGCCAACAUCCCAGAAGAAAGCAUAAUAGGUGUCAGAACUCCCCAACUACAAAUGGCUGGAAACUUUUCGAUCAAAGCUUACCUGGAGUCUGGAUUGACAUACGAUAGUUCUUGGCCUUCCUUGCCAAGCAAGAGGAUGUUUCCAUACACGUUGGAUUACUUAUCUACUCAAGAAUGUCUUCUGGGUUAUGAAUGUCCGAACGAAUCUUUUCCAGGAUUCUGGAUUCUUCCGAUCAAUGAGUUGAUUGGUAAUAAAGGAAUCGAAUGUAAUGCCGUUGCCAGCUGUAAAGUGAGCGGCUCAGCUGAAUUUAUUUCAAACUGGUUGACCGAUCAAGUGGAAAGCGUUCGAAAUUCGACCAAAGUCCCAAUGACGUUGAUGUUUAAUUCCGGUUGGUUCAAUUCUACUGAAAAUAGUGCUGAAGGUUUUACAAAAUUUCUCGAUAAUCUAUUAGAAAAGAAAGAUGUGUUCUUGGUCAGCCAAAAACAGGUAGUGGAAUGGAUUAAAGAACCUGUAAAAUUGGCCGAAUUCCAAACUGAUUCCCAAAAUGACGAGAUUUACGGUUGCGAUAAAACCAAAUGUCUCGUGAAAAAAGGCGCCGAGGAUCGUAAUUUCAAUAUUUGUACAGCCUGUCCUAAAAAUUAUCCGUGGUUGGACAAUCCUGACGGUAACUAAGAAGAAAUCAAAUUUAAAAUAAAACAUGACAAGCUAAAUAAAACCGUUUAAAUAAUUUAAUCGUUGUUUUUUUAUUUUUGCGAUUGCCUGAAUAAUAAUAGAACGGUAAGUUUUGUUAACAAAUAAUUGGUUGAAGGCUCAGAUAAACAAAUAAAAUAAAAAUAAUAAACAGGAGCCGUUUAACAUAAGCUUUGUUUGAAGCAUGAAGGUAAAAUAGGGAAGGAGAUGCAAUCACGUGUUCAAAACUAUCACCACGUCGGCCAUAUUGAUACUAGACUUCCUU